GGAAUGAAGCCAGUACAGUAUAAUCUCAGUAGGAGGACACAGAAGCCAUGAAUUCUAAGCAGCAGACAGUACGACUAAGUGAUGGUCACUUCAUCCCUAUACUGGGAUUUGGUACCUAUGCAUCUAAAGAGGUACCUAAAAGUAAGGCUACAGAGGCUACCAAGAUAGCUAUAGAUGCUGGUUUCCGCCAUAUUGAUUCUGCUGCUCUGUAUCAAAAUGAAAAGGAGGUAGGACUAGCCAUCCGAAGCAAGAUAGCAGAUGGCACUGUGAAGAGGGAAGAUAUAUUUUACACAUCAAAGGUUUGGUGUACUUUUCAUCAUCCAAGACUGGUACAGGACUGCUUGGAACAGUCAUUGAAGCAACUCCAGUUGGACUAUGUGGACCUGUAUCUCAUUCAUUUCCCAAUGGCCAUGAAGCCUGGAGAGAGUUUGCUUCCAAAAGAUGAGAAUGGGAAAUUCAUAUAUGAUGCAGUGGAUAUCUGUGAUACCUGGGAAGCCAUGGAGAAAUGCAAGGAUGCAGGAUUGGCCAAGUCCAUCGGAGUGUCCAACUUUAACCGCAGACAGCUGGAGAGGAUCCUGAACAAGCCUGGGCUCAAGUACAAGCCUGUGUGCAACCAGGUAGAAUGUCAUCCUUAUCUCAACCAAAGAAAACUUCUGGAUUUCUGCAAGUCCAAAGAUAUUGUUCUGGUUGCUUACAGUGCUCUGGGAAGUCAUCGUGACAAAGAAUGGGUUAACCAGAGCAGUCCUGUUCUUUUGGAUGAUCCAGUUCUUGGCUCCAUGGCAAAAAAGUACAAGCGAACUCCUGCCCUGAUUGCCCUUCGCUACCAGCUGCAACGAGGGGUUGUGGUGCUGGCCAAGAGUUUCACAGAGAAGAGGAUUAAAGAGAACAUGCAGGUUUUUGAAUUUCAGUUGACUUCAGAGGACAUGAAAAUCAUUGAUGGCCUGAAUAAAAAUAUCCGGUAUAUAGAUGUUUCUGGCUGGGAGGACCACCCUGAGUUUCCAUUUUUGGAUGAAUACUAACAUGGAAGUCUGUGUCAUGCCUUGUCCCAGAAGUCACUGCAUGGAAAGAAUAUAGAGGAAGGGUACUCUCAAAAAGUGAUGAUUACAUAUCACCCUAAUCCAGGCUUCUGAGCAAUUCUGGCUCUGCUGAAUCUACAUCUUAAACAAGAAAGCAAAAACUACGUAUAUUUCUCCUUUCUAGAAAUAAAAGAAUCAUUUUCCUUUAGCAUUUAUCUUUGCAAGUUUAUAUUAUGUAUUUUAACUUUUCCUGGCCCCUUUGCAUCCCUGUAGGAUUUAUAUAAAAUGUGUGUGUAGGGAUUGAAAAAAAGACAUUAACAUUUCUGACAUAAUGGUGAACAGAAUUAUCACCUUCUGGGAAGUAGCAGUUAGCAUGUGUUUGUUAGUAGUUUUUUUUUCUCUAGUAUUUCAUGAAUAAAGUAGCAUAUCAUGUAUAGUCUAGAAAGUGAGCAAUACAUAUAACCACCCACUGUUUCUCCAGGAACUCAGACUGAAGUAUCCUUGUGGGAGGGUUGACAGGAGGUAAGGGGAAACUAGCCUUCAAAACACAAGAAGAUUCUGAUGAAUUGAAAUUUAGGAGAUACAUGCCAAGCAUGUCUCUUCUUGGAAAACAUGGGUCAAUAUACUUUGCAACAUAUAUCCAACUAAUAAAGUUUCGUUGUCUUACAGAA